ACGCAGAAUUCAGCGCGAGUGGGUCGUGAGGUUUGUCAGUAUUCCCUCUGUUCUUCAUCUCAUCGACAACCGGCUGGCGGGGAGAGCGACUGAUUAUUCUGCCCGACCGGGACUACACCAAGGAACAACACUGGGACAAUUUUGAGAAUUAAUGAUUUUAUGCUUGCUUCGGGGCUCAGAAAUGACAAUCCGCUCCGGCGCAGGGUAUACUGCGAAAUUGAGGUAAAGCCCAAGACACGGGCAUCUCAGCCUCGUCAAUAACAGCUCGUGGGUACCGAAGCAUUCCAAUUUCAUUUGCUAACAUCGUGCGUUGUGGAUGCCAGUGAUUUUUCGUUUACUUGUACAUGUAGUUUAUUUGUACAUGUCCACCUUUCUCGUUCGGUAUUUAAAUGCGUCUGCUUGGCUAAGACAGGACUCGCUUCCCACCAUGCUAUUUAUGGGGUUAGUAUUUUUUUCUCAACGGAACAGCCAACACCUCAGAGGCAUAUGAAGGAGGGAUAUGACAACGAUUCCACACAUCCCGAAGGAGUCUGCUCAGAGAAGAAUAUGAAAAAGCAAGACAUUGGAGAGACCAUCCAUUUUGUGUCAGGAGAAUAUUUUGAUGGAGACACUGGGAUAAUUAUAGAAACGGGAGCCUCUGGAUAUACAUAUAUCGACAUGGGGAGCACCCAACUCUGAAAAUACAUGUUGGGCUUAUUAAUUGUAUGAUUAUAAUGACUAUAGGCUAAUGGUUGGAUCAUAUCCAAAACAAAAUCAUAAAAUGUGAUGGCAUCUUGUCGGGAAAAAUGCAAUAGGAAAAGAUGACCCAGAAAUCGGAAUCGCCCUGUCAUCCAUCUGUGCCUUCAGCAUCAUGUUAUGAGGUGGAGUGGCUGCGUGAGAAUAUCAAUUGAAUUGUACAUGGAUAUCGCUGAUUUAUAGCCCUAUGCCGUUUUUUAAAUUCAUAUUUCAUAAUGUAACUGACUUACAAAUUUCUUUCAAGGCCAACAUUGAAUUAUUGUAUCCAUCGGGAUCGUAUCCAUUCCACUUGGUCUCCAAGUGUCAAAUGAAAUUAAUCUAAUUGAGAAUUUAAAGGGCGCAACCUCGAUAUAAUCAAGAGUUAUUUUUCGAACCAAGCAAACAUCCCGUUUCACACAGGUACCAGUAAACAGAAAAGUCGCUGGUUCGAAUCCCCGAGGCGACUAGGUGAAACAUCUGUCGAUGUGCCCUUGAGCAAGGCACGUAACCUUAAUUGGUCCUGUAAGUGGCUCUAAAUAAUAGCGUCAGAUACAUUACUAAAAUGUAAAUAUAGAUACAGCAUAUAACUGUCAUAUGAAUAUAUGGCCUAUCCAUGCAUGAAGUGAAGGCCGUUUGUUUUUUAUUCUAAUAUUGUCCCACUGUGAUCUAUUUUUUUCAAUGUUAUUUGUCCAAGCUCCGCCACAGAUUUCUGGAUAAAAAAUCGGACUGCGGGUUUAUCACCCUGAAUAGAAACCAUAUGUGGCCCACUUGAUUUGAAGCAAGUGUCUUUUCCAUUACUGAGGAUAUUUUUCUUACUCGGCCAUUAGUCUAACUUUCAAGUGCGAUAAGCUUUUUUUAAUGCUUACAGUCUGAUUUUUAGUGAGUGCCAUCAACAGAGGUGGAAUUGAUGACACAUCUGUACACCGCUGUUGUAUUCCGAGGAUAUUGCACUGUACAAGCCACGAGCACUAGGCUACUACAGUCACGGGGAAUUCGACACGUUUCAAGUGCGCUGUCCGUGGGUUUUUGGCUGUUUCGCUCGAAAUGUGGAGAGUUUUAUUGUAGGAGUGCCUCACGACGCGUCGAGAUUUGCCAGGAAAAAGAAAAGGAAGGGGAUAUGAAUCCAAGAAGAAGAUGAUGAUGAUGAUGCUGGAUACACAGAAUACGACCCAGGAGAUCGGUGAGGAGGUGGAGGACGGGGCGGUGUACACCAUCACCCUGCGGAAGGUUCAGAUGCUCCACCACCACCACCAUCCUGGCCAUCACAGUGGCGGCAGCGGGGCUAGUAAGGGCCAGCGCUGGCUGGGUGUAGAGACGGAUGCGGCCCUCAGCCUGUACGAGACGUGCAAGGUGCGCACCAUCAAGGCAGGCACGCUGGAGAAGCUGGUGGAGUACAUGGUCCGGGGCAACGAUUCCACCUACGUCACCAUCUUCCUCUGCACCUACCGCUCCUUCACCUCCACCAAGCAGGUCCUGGACCUACUGCUCAACAGGUAUGCCAAACUCCAGCUUGGAUCAGAGGGCCACAGACUGACUCACGACGAUCGUACAGAACUGAGGAACACAAUAUCCUCCAUCUUGGGGGCGUGGCUGGACCAGUAUUCUGAGGACUUCUGGAAGCCUCCGGAGUACAGCUGUCUGCGACGACUAAUCUCCUACCUGCACCUCAACUUCCCAGGAUCGGACCUGGAACGCCGCGCCUGCAACCUCCUGACACACUUCCACCGCCGACAGCUCCAGGAGCCCGAGCACGAGUUGCUGGACCAUGGUGGCUAUUCGUUCACCCUACUGGAAGAGAAUGGCUACGAGGAUGAGCAGCUGGACUUCUUGAACUUUGACCCGGCGGUGGUGGCCGAGCAGUUCACCCUCAUGGACGCGGAGCUCUUUAAGAAAGUGGUUCCCUACCACUGUCUGGGGAGUAUUUGGUCGCAGCGGGACAAGAAGGGCAAGGAACACCUGGCCCCCACCAUCCGUGCCACCGUCACCCAGUUCAACUGCGUCACCAACUGUGUCAUCGCCACAUGUCUGAGCGAGCGCUCGCUCAAACCCACGCAGCGCGCCAAGCUGGUGGAGCGCUGGAUCGAAGUGGCUAGGGAGUGUCGAAUCCUGAAGAACUUUUCUUCACUGCGGGCUAUCCUCUCUGCUCUGCAGUGCAACCCGGUCCACCGGCUGAAGAGGACAUGGGACGAGGUGUCCAGGGAGAACUUCCGCAUCUUCCAUGAGUUGUCAGAAAUCUUCUCUGACGAGAAUAAUCAUUCGCUCAGCAGAGAGCUGCUCAUUAAGGAAGGCACGUCCAAAUUCGCCACCCUGGAAAUAAACCCCAAACGAGCCCAGAAGAGACAGCAGCAACCCCGAGACCUGAGUGUGAUGCAGGGGACCAUUCCCUACCUGGGCACUUUCCUUACAGACCUAGUCAUGAUGGACACAGCCAUGAAGGACUACCUGGACGGAGGGCUGAUCAAUUUUGAGAAGAGGAGGAAGGAGUUUGAGGUGAUUGCCCAGAUCAAGCUUCUGCAGCUGGCCUGCAACAACUAUAACUUCACCCUAAACAAGCGUUUCCGAGAGUGGUUCUCCGGUGUGGACAAACUCACAGAGGCUGAGAGCUACAGCCAGUCAUGUGAGAUCGAGCCAUUGUCAGAGUCAGCCUCCAACACUCUCAAGAAGAAGAACACAGGAAUCAUCAAACGCUGGAGCGAUCGCCAGCCUGCCAGCUCGGAGCCAGGCUGCAGCAGUGCGGGCAGCUCCCACUCCAAGUCCUUUGACCAGCUGCGUUACGCCCCCUGCCUGGGGGGCUCGGGUGGAGGUGGAGGGGGUGAUGGAGCGGACUCCCUGAGCGUCACCUCCGCUGGCUCCAGCAGCUCCGAUGUGGAGGAGAUCAAUAUCAGCUUCAUCUCCGACUCACCCGAUGUCCACGAGCGAAAGACCUCCACGCCUUCCGUAAAACAUUCCAAUUCCACGUUAGGGAAGUGCGGCCCCUUGCCUGACCUGGCACCCACGUUCUGGGAGUCUACCUCUCUGUCCUCCUUGGAUGCCUCUGGUCUGGGCUCUGGCUCGGGCUCCAGUAGCGCCUCCUCCUCCUCCAUGUCCUCCACGCCUGUGGCGGGUGCGGGCUCCCGCUCACACAAGCGCUCCGUGUCGGGCGUGUCCAGCUACUCGUCGCUGUCACUGCCCCUCUACAACCAGCAGGUGGAUGACUGCUGCAUCAUCCGGGUCAGCCUGGACGUAGACAACGGCAACAUGUACAAGAGCAUCCUGGUGACCAGUCAGGACAAGACGCCGGCGGUGGUCAGGAAGGCCAUGGUGAAACACAACCUGGACCGGGAGAGAGCGGAGGAUUACGAACUGCUGCAGAAGAUCUCUGAGGAGAAAGAGCUGAAGAUUCCAGACAAUGCCAACGUUUUCUAUGCCAUGAACUCUUCGGCCAACUACGACUUUGUCCUGAAGAAACGCGGCUUCCCCAAGGUGGGCCGGACCAAGCACGUGGCCAGCUCCACCCUGCCGCGAAUGAAGCAGAAAGGCCUGAAAAUCGCAAAGGGCAUCUUCUGAGGGGUAAUGCCAUGUCACCAGAAACCCUCACCCACCUCCCUGCUUCCUGCUGGGCUUUCUGGGUGCCAUCUUUGAGUGCCACCCCUGCUGUGCCAUGGUAGAGGGACCUGUUGCCAGCUAGGCUGUGUUCAGCAUCUGAGCGUGAAAGCCUCAGAGGACUAAUAAAGCUGAAUGGAAUGGAAAUCCCUAUUGGCCAAUGAACUUGCACUCAACUCCAUUUUGCGAGGCAGGUGACUGUCCUUGUGGAAGUAGUGACUCUGUGUGGAUGCUGUGUAUGCUUACCCACAUCUGACCCCUCUCCCAGGUGUUUCCUAACCAGGCUACAACCCAUGUUCAGGUCACUUCCUGUGAGUCCACAUCACUUCCUGUUAGCUUCACAGCUCUCUGUGGAUGCCCUAAUCGAGAGGGGAAAACCCAAGUAAAAAUAUAACUAUGUCAUCUAGGUGCGUAGGAAAAUGAAUUCCUCCCCUCUAAAGGAGUUACACUCCCUCUAGUUUCUACAGACCUCUCCCUCAGCAAAGGUUCAGGUACUAUUUUUUUACACUCCUUUCUAGACUACCAUCAACUGCGUCUGUUUCUUCGAUGUUCCGCGACACGCGGACUGAGACAGAUGGACAGAUGCUCAGUACUGCCAGCUAGCGGAGGGAAACGCGUUCCAACGAACCACUAAAAGGAUUUUGGGAGAGAAAGGCCCCUACUGGAUAGAUACAUUGGGUUGUUAACCAAUCAUCAGAAACUUUACUCCUUUUAACUCCUCACUGCUAAUGGGAACAUGUCCAGUUUGUUAAACUAACACUAUUCACACAAAUAGGGCAUUAUUAUUACUACAAACAUUCAAUAAUAGCUCAUUUUGUCACUGCUUUGAUGCGGCGGCACUCUGCAUUUGUGCAUUGCGUCUUAUUUCUCCAAGUGGUGCUAACAGACAAUGAAAUGCUACAGCCAGCCCGCUCCCUCCCUCCCUCCCCUUUUAUUUCAUGCCUGAUGUCGUUCAGUUUCACACUAGAGUUUGAGAGAGAGGCUCUCUCCUGACAUGAAGGAGUAGGCAGCCAUGAGGGCUCAAUGAUGAUGGUUCAUGGAAAUAGUGCAACUGAGGCAUCCAGCAUCCAUUUUGGUUCAGUAUUUGUUUUAAUGGGUGCAUUUCUGGGAAGCCAAAAAAAGCGAUGUGGCCAGUUAGAGUACAUUAUGGUGACCUGAAAUGCACAAUGUCAGGCGGCCAUUGCGGCUCAAACACGAUGGCACUAAAUGGCUUCUCCUCGAUUGGCAAUGCCUUAGAGAGUAGAACUGCCUACAUGUGAGCCGAAUGGCACAAAAUGGCUGUUGUUGGCAUGGUGACCACUCCCUCAGAUCAUCAAGAAAGUUAGCUUUGAGCCAUUUGAUGGACCCCAAUGUGUGUUAGACCCUCUUGUCAAUGACUUGCAGGAGGAGAGAAAUGUAUGUAAAAGGACACUGUGCUCCCUUUUAACUAGAAGUGCGUGUGUGGAAAGUACUAUAGCACUCGGAGAGAGAGAUGUAUGUUGUAUUGUGAAACGAAGCGUGGUUUUUAAAUGUCCAGUCUUUUUGUUCCCUAUAGUGUAAAGAAGAAGAAACGAGAAUGAAAGGACUGUCCCUUUUGUUUGCUCCCUUCCUUUCAUCACAAGGCCUUUCAUCCUUGUGUACCAGGGUUGGAUGUCAACUUCAGUUCAAUUCAGUUAAUUCAGCAGAUAAAUGAAAAAGAGGAAGAGAAAGUACAACUCAACUAAAACAUUGUCAACUCCACGUGUGCCAAAGACCGGUGGACUAUGAUGAAGUAUGAGGUGGUUUCGGGAGCAUUGAGAUUUGAAGUGGAGGGAGUGAGUUUGCCUGCUGUUGAGAGGUUCAGAAGUUGUGAUUCUUUCUGUAUGAGAUGAGUCCUUGGUUUGUAGUACCCCAUGUCUAUCCAUUUCCUACAGUAUUGCAGCACUUUGGAUCAAACCUAAUAUCCCUAUUUAACAGCAGCCAUGACAGUAGUGUUGUGGAUUACAGUGUUAAAACUCAAGCCUUUGCUCAAAGAGUUUUCUGCAACUAGUGACUUUUUGACUGUGACCGUGUCACACUGAGUACGGUUACAUGCACACAAUAAUACAAUUAUAGUCAAAUUAAUAUAAUAGUUUGAUUAAAACGUUUACAUGCUUUGCGAGAAUAAAUGAUUUCCCUCAUAAUUGUGUUUACAUGGAGCCAUCUGAAAUCAGACAACCUGGUGGGACUUUGAUGAAUGCAGAAUAUCGGCAAUCAAAAUAAACGUUCUACCACAGCGACCAUGCUAUUUGAGAAGCAUAGUUGAUUCUGAGUUCGGACAUACAACGUUUAUGUGAAAACGACUUCUAAGAUGUGUACUUUAAGUUUUUCCUAACUCACUUCACUCGUGUAAAAGAAGGAAGCUCGCCCUGCUUGCGCUAACACACACACACACACACACACACACACACACACACACACACACACACACACACACACACACACACACACACACACACACACACACAGAACAAACA